UCGCGAUCACAGGAGCAACGUUGGGAAGUCGAAAUUGCGCCGCCGCAUAAGGCGAGUGGAACAGUGCAUAUUCUAUGGUUCCCAAACGCUAAGCGAGGACCGAAUCCUAUACGAAUCUUUCACAGGCCCCUCUCUGAAGUUCAGCAUGAUUUCGAAACUCUGCUGAAUCAGAUUUGGCGCCAUGGCCCGACCUACUCUCUGUACCGAAUGGAGAAGGGCGGCGGAAGCCACUGAUUGGUUGGAGGGGUUGGCGUGCCGCAACUUUUGAAUGAAAUGUUUGCGCGGCUCCGCGAGUUCCGGCCGGCGGCCGCUCUGAUUGGUUGAACAAAAGGCGGCACUUGAAUGAAGUGUUUGUAGAAUGGAGACUCGGGCCUAGAGGCGGACUCAGCAACAUUCUGUUCAAGUACUGACAGCUCUUGAGAAUCUUUUCGAAAUGAUUUCUUCCUGAAUGACACUUGUUAGUUUGUGAAUGGUUUACUUAAAUCUGCCAUAGGAGAGGCAGAUCAGAGCUAAACCCACCUGAAUCGUCACCUAGAAGCCACGUCUGCUCAUAUUCCAACAGGGCUUCCAGAAGAGAAUCUUCAUCUUGAUGUUAAUUCAUGGCUGGGUUUGAUGCCCUGAUCAACGAGUGCCCCCUUCUGUUGCCUCAGAACAGGCAAAAAACCGUGUUUGAUGGCUUUGUUAUGGUUAAGAAUAAAGAAUUUCGUGUGAGGAUAUUGUUGCCUGAAGAGAGAAAUCUGAAACAGGCAAGGCUUCAGUGCAGCUGGCAGUUAAACCAAAUCUUGCAUGGAUACCAGCACAUUGUGAAACAGAGACUGCAACAAUCCACUGAUCUGGUUAGCUUUAUGCUGGAGUUUAAAACUGUUUUGGAAAUUGCAUUAAGAAACAAACAUGACCUGCAAAGUCCUCCACCUCCUCAGUAUUAUGAACAGCUUAUAAAAGAGAUUGAAAGUUUGGGUUGGGAUAAGCUUGCUUAUAUGGAUACAGAGUUCAGGACCAUUAAGCUGAAGGCUGAGGAUUCUGCAGGUCGAGAGCAUAUGAUCACAAUUAAAUUAAAAUCAAAGUAUCCAGUGGACCCACCUGAUUGUGCCACAGAUUUUCCUGUUCCAUUUGUGCCCUCUUGGACUCAUCAGAGCUCUUUAAAAAAUCUUCACAGUCAGUUUCUCGCAGCACUGGAUUCAUUACAAGAGUUCUGGGAUGUUAUGGAUGAAAUAGAUGAGAAAACCUGGGUACUUGAACCUGAAAAUCCAACACGCACAGCAACAACAAGGAGAAUUGCCAUAAGUAACAAUGCUUCAAUAAAUGUAGAGGUGGACCCUAGACACCCUAAAAUGUUGCCAGAAUGCUGUUUCCUUGGUGCUGACCAUGUGGUAACUCCACUGAAGAAAAAGCUGAAUACUAACAUGCAUCUGUGGUCUCCAGAGUCUACAGUGUUGCAAAAUCUCAAAGGUAUAUUGGAGAUUGAUUUUCCAUCGCCUACCACCCAUGAGAAGUUUAGUUUAGGCAUGGAGUGUGGGAUUUGUUAUGCCUACCGCCUUGCCUCAUCCAUUCCAGAUCAAGUAUGUGAUGAUCCGCGGUGUGGGCAGCCGUUCCAUCAAGAGUGCCUUUAUGAAUGGUUAAGAGGUCUACCUUCUUCAAGACAAAGUUUUAAUAUCAUCUUUGGAGAAUGCCCAUACUGUGGUAAGGUAAGACAAGGCAGGGGAAUGGGAUAUGGAAGCUGCACGAGUGAGUGAGGUGGAGGUACUACUAAUACAUGAUCUUCUCUUUACAGCCGAUCACAGCGAAGAUGAUCAUCAAAAGGUGAACAAACCAGAAAGCAUUCCUUUCAAGGAUUCUCUCACUUUUGCAACAUUAAUAGUUCAUGACAACUGCAUUAAAGACAUUUCUAUCACCC